CCUCGACGACUUUCCAAACCGGUGCAAUCUUGUUGAUGUUUGAUUCUGGCGCCCAGGGAUUCCCCUCGCUCCGGCCGUCUGAUGUCUGUGUGCAGAGUCUGUGUUUUGAUAUGCGCUUGCGCAACAUCUCCCUUCCAUCGGUUUCAAUGCGCCCGACCAGCCAAGGCCCAUCAUGGCUGAUGACGAUGGGAUAUUCAUGAGGAUGAUGAUGAUGAUGAUGAUGAUGAUGAUGAUGACGACGAGAAGAGGAGAGAUGGCUACCCGCCUGCAACGGCAAUCAAUAACGACUGCGCGUCUCUAUCCGUCCUUAGCACAUGCAUACACGCAUGCAUGUGUGUGUACUGUACUUGGUGUACUGCACUGUAGACAAUCAAAUGUAGCGCUGCAACAAUGAGACCGAAGCCCAUCAAGUUAUUUUUGGGUAAACAGACAGGCAAGACAGGCAGACAUGGAGCGAUUUGAAUUGUCAGGUUGCAAGGCUAAAUAUCCCAAACUAAUGCCCGGCGCUGAAACGCCCUUCUUUUCUCUUCUGGCCUGCUUCUUUUCCUUCACCACUGCCGCCUGUCUACCCUGCCUCUGUUGUCGUCGACCCCCUGCCUGGCUCCUCUGUUCCCGCCGCCUGGCCCGUCGCUCCGUCUUUUCUUCCCCUCGUCCCUCCCUACCCUACUACCCUUCAAUCAAUCCACCAUCCCCCCUCUUUACCCUCCUCCACCUUCCUUCUUCAUCCUUUCCAUUGCACUGCACUGCUUUGCACCGUAUUAUACUGUACCUUUUUCUCCCCUCAAAAACAUACACACCACCAUCCUAGUGCACGAAACCCCUCCCCCCCCCCUACGCAAUACGAAUGAGAUAGAUAGGCGUUCGCUCUGUCAGCCAUCGUCCAACCUGCAAUCGCGCGACUGCCUGCCUGCUCCUGGAAUGUCGCUUCUUCGCCGCUGUCCGCUCACUUCCUAAUUCAGCCUUCUCCCACUUUGCGCCUACCCAACUCUCCGUCGCCGCCCCUCUCCUUCCUCCGACUUGCUGGCGGCUGCUGACAGACACUGUCCGUCUCGUCUUGCUUUCUUGCCUGCCUGCUUCCUGCUCUUUACUCUCUCUCCUUCCUUCCUCCCGCUGUGCACCAUCGUCUUCCGUCCCCCACAACGGGUGCCUGGGUACUCACACAUCUCUGUCACACAAUUGACUUUCCGCCCUCCUCCACCACUCGACCAUUCAUACUCUGUCCCUCGGGUCGGUUGGGCCAUCCUGGCAACCUCGCGCGCGGAUCAACGCACCACAAGCCACGCAGCAUCCCCCCUCACAAAGAAAUCCUCUUUCGCGAACACCCCUCUGCGAACAAAGUGCGCCCACCCCCGGGGUAGCAACCAUUGCCGAGUGUAGCGUUACACACGUACCUGUUGCUUCUUUGUUGUCGCCGCACACCCUGCCGAUUUCCCGUGCCUGGAUCCGCAUUCCUCCUCCUCCUGUACAAACAUCCUCGCCCUCGUCCCGCGAACCCACGCAUCCACAUCCUCACCAGCCAUGGCCGUCUCCAUGCUGCACGCUCCCUCGCGAGCCUCGACCUCGUCGUCGUCGUCCUUCAUUCCCGUCUCUCGUCAAAACACCAUGUCUUCGCAUGAUGGCUCGCGUUCGGUGCGCCAGUCGAAGCGCUACUCCGUCACCGCCCUCUACUUGUCCAUGUCGGCCAAGGACAAGGAUUUGGAAAUCGAGGACGACCUAGCAAGAGCCCAGAAAAUUCUAAGAGAUCUCAAAUCCAAGAUCUCGUCGCAGUCGAAAAAGAACUUUGUCCUUGAAAAAGAUGUGCGCUACCUCGAUUCGCGAAUAGCGCUGCUCAUCCAGAACAGGAUGGCUCUGGAAGAGCAAAACGAAGUUGCAAGCCAUCUUGACGAUGCCAUGGAACUGCAAGAGGGGUUUUUCCCCAACGACGACAAGACGCAAAGAUACGGUAACCUGCUUUUCCUGCUUCAAUCCGAACCUAGACACAUUGCGCAUCUGUGUCGCCUCGUUUCCAUGGCUGAAAUCGACGCAUUGCUGCAAACCGUCAUGUUUACCAUUUAUGGAAACCAAUAUGAAAGUCGAGAAGAGCAUCUUCUCCUUACCAUGUUCCAGUCCGUUCUCACCUAUCAAUUCGAUAAUACCCCGGACUAUAGCUCUCUCCUGCGCGCCAACACGCCCGUUUCUCGUAUGAUGACUACGUACACCCGAAGAGGUCCCGGCCAGAGUUAUCUCAAGGUUGUGCUACAGGAUAGCAUCAAUUCGCUGAUCGAGCUGAAGGACCUGGAUCUGGAAAUCAACCCACUCAAGGUGUACGAAAAGAUGGUUAGUGAGAUCGAAGACAAGCAGGGAAAGCUUCCACCAAAUCUUCCCAAAGGUGUGACCGCCGAACAGGCUGCCGAGAACGAAACCGUGCAGCAGAUCAUAGCGCCCCGUUUGACCAUGCUUUCGGAAAUUGCUAACAACUUCCUGACUACUAUCAUCAAUGGUCUCGAGGAGACACCGUACGGCAUUCGUUGGAUUUGCAAGCAGAUUCGAAGUCUUUCACGUCGCAAGUAUCCAGAUGCGCAGGAACAAACCAUUUGCACGCUUAUCGGAGGAUUCUUCUUCUUGCGCUUCAUUAACCCUGCCAUUGUCACCCCGCGCUCGUACAUGCUCAUCGAUGCGACACCCGCGGAGAACCCCAAGCGAGUGCUCACCUACAUUGCCAAGAUGCUGCAGAAUCUGGCUAAUAAGCCUUCCUACGCAAAGGAGCCAUACAUGGCCAAGUUGCAGCCAUUCAUUCACCAGAACAAGGAGCGUAUGAACAAGUUUCUUCUCGAUUUGUGCGAAGUACAGGACUUCUACGAAACUCUUGAGAUGGACAACUACGUGGCACUUUCCAAGCGCGAUCUAGAACUCUCCAUCACGCUGAACGAAGUAUACGCAACCCACAGUAUGUUGGAGAGGCACGCGCCAGAGCUAGCAAAGGAAGACAGCUCCCAUCUGGGUGUCAUCCUGCAGGAGCUCGGCCCCGCGCCAGCUCAACUCCCGCGCAAGGAGAAUCGUGCAAUCAACUUGCCAUUGUUCAGCAAGUGGGAGACUCCAUUCGACGACAUCACCUCGGCCUUAGACAUCACUCAAGAGGAGAUCUAUUUCAUGGAGGCCAAGUCCACCUUUGUCAUGAUUCUGCGAUCUCUCCCAUCCAAUCUCAGCAUCACUCGCAGGCCUCUCAGGCUUGAUCGGAUCGCGGACGCAGCAGCUACAACCAAGAACGACUCGGUCAUGGUGAAGAAAGGAAUCCGUAGUAUGGAGCUGCUUAGUCAAUUGCAGGAUCUGGGUGUCAUUGAUAAAGAGGAUAACUUUGCUCUCUUGAGAGACGAGGUUGAGCAGGAACUCGUACAUCUUGGCUCCAUGAAAGACAAGACCGUGGAAGAGACGAAGAAGCUCGAAGAGGUGUACCGCACCAUUCGCGAUCACAACACAUAUCUGAUCGGUCAGCUCGACACUUACAAGUCUUACCUGCAUAACGUCCGCAGCCAAUCAGAAGGGAAAACGAGGAAAACGCAGAAACACCAAGUUCUCGGCCCGUACAAAUUCACCCAUCAACAGUUGGAGAAGGAGGGCGUCAUCCAGAAAAGCAACGUCCCAGAAAACAGAAGAGCGAACAUCUACUUCAACUUCACCAGCCCCUUGCCUGGCACGUUCGUCAUCUCUCUGCACUACAAAGGACGCAAUCGUGGUCUGCUCGAAUUGGACCUCAAACUCGAUGACUUGCUCGAGAUGCAAAAAGAUAACCAAGAAGACCUGGAUCUCGAGUAUGUCCAGUUCAACGUGUCCAAAGUUCUCGUCCUUCUGAACAAGCGGUUCGCUCGGAAGAAGGGCUGGUAG